AAUGAAAUGUUGUGAGGUAUGGUAACCGCCUAUGGCAUCUUACAGCAGCCCCUCUGGCAUUUGCCAGAAUAUACAGUUUGCCAGUCCUGGGCCUGCCUUCCUCCAUCAGAUUGUUAGAUUUAAUAAUGUUGUUCCCAAUUAUCAACAACUACCAUGGUGCCAUUUGAUAGCUUUAAACAACUAGACUGAUCCAAAGUGUACUGUACCGAGGGGGGUGCAACCUGAAGGCAUGUGAAUGAGAAAAUAAGAAAGCACCUACGUGCAAGACUCAAGACGAAGGAGAUUACAGCGUCUAUACCAGAACAAUGUCAAGAAGUAAAGUUCACCUUCAUAUAAUUAACUCUUUAGUAUGUUAUGGAUGAACCUAUGGACCCAAAAAUGGCUUGGAUGUAGCUCUGCUAUCCACCAGGUCUCCCGAAAUAAAUCAACCCUCCAUAGGGGGACGCAAGAGCAGGCCAUGGGGCAAACACAGGCUGCAUACAAGGACGAAAUCGACGUGGCGGAUUUGCAGGACAUGUACAAGAAAUUUGUUACGGAGUGUCCCAGUGGGGCGCUGUUCCUGCACGAAUUCAAGCAGUUUUUUGGAGUCUCCGCGAACAACGAAGUGUCACAGUUCAUGGAAAGUCUGUUCAAGUCCUUUGACCGAAACAGGGACAACACCAUCGAUUUUCUGGAGUACGUGGCGGCCCUUAAUCUCACUCUGCGUGGAAAACUGGAACACAAGCUGCGAUGGUCUUUCAAAAUCUAUGACAAGGAUGGCAAUGGCUGUGUGGAUAAGAGGGAGCUGAAAGAAAUCAUACAGUCAAUAUACAGCAUAAAGAGAGGCUGGAGAAGAGAUCAAGAGGCCCAAUUAAUGAGCCCAGAAGAAAUAUGUGAAAGGAUUUUCCAAAUUGUGGAUGAAAAUGGUGAUGGGCAGCUGUCACUGCAGGAGUUUGUGGAAGGGGCUAAGAAGGACACCUGGGUCCUAAAGAUGCUGCAGCUCGAUACCAAUCCCUGCAACUGGGUUAUGGAGCAGCGGAGAAAGAGCGCCUUAUUCUGAGUGAAUUUUAAUGGCAGCUUGGAAGCAGCUUCGUGUGCAGCGACUCGCGCCAAGGGGAACCGAAGAACAGCUCCUCUUUGUUUGUUCUUCUUGGCUAAAGGGCUUUUGUAGGCAGAUGGUAAAAAUAUUUCUUCAUACUUUUAAUCACUGUCAGCUCCAUCGGACUGGACUCUUUCCACACGUUUCUAACAUUCCAAAUGUGUUUCUAAUAUUCCAAAUGAGUCUAAUAAAGAGAAAAGAAAUCAAUUGUUA